UCUCCGGUCACGGGCGGCGGCGGAGCGGGCUGAGGUGGAAAGGGGGGAGGGAGAAGCCGCCCGCCGCCCACCCGCGCCGGGUAAGCCUGGGAGCGGGAGGCUGGCGCUGGUUCGCCGCCCUCCCUUCCGUUCCCUUCCACGCACCGCGGCUGCGGGGCGUGGGGCUGGCCGGGUGCCGGCGGCGGCAGGGCCUGGCUGCGGCGGUUGCUGCAGGUGGUUUGCCCCUGCGCGGCCUGAGCGCUCCGGUGGUGCCCCCAGGCCCAGGCCCUUUACCUGGGCCACGGCUGCAGCCCACCAGUGUUGGUAUGCGUGUGCUGUGGGGCCUGUUCUUAGCGAUGGGACUUUAGGGUUCCUACAAAAGGGGAUUUUAAAAGUAGUUUAGAGGAACGACAGGAGCCUUCCUUCCCCGCACCAGAAAAUUGAUAGCCCUGUCAACAGGAAGAACCUUUACCAGUUGAAAGAUGGAUGACGAUGACUUUGGAGGAUUUGAGGCAGCAGAGAGUUAUGAGUUUGGAAAUGGUGAAAAGCAGACUACAUCCCCUGCUAUUGCUUGGGCAGCUUUUCCUACAGUAUCUGAAGUCCGUAUAUCUUCUGAUGUUCUGGAGCGCUCUGUGCCUUCUUCCUGCCUGGUUCCUUCUGAUUCAUUCAGUUUAUCAAGUGAUAAUGUGGCAACAACUAUUCAAACAGCCAACAACAUUAUAAACCCAGAUGUUCUCGAAGAGCAGAUUCAAGCAGAUAUUCCAGUUGCCUCUUUGAAUGUAGUUGAAGACAAGGCUUCAGUUACGUCAGCCAUUGCUUCGGUUGAUGCUGAGACACAGAGAACAAAUGAACCAAAGAGCUACCUUCAACAAGCUGUUGCAAACCUAGAAAACAAGCUUUGCACUGCUGAAGAGGAAAAAUUAAAAAAUAAAAAGGAAUUAGAAUGUUUACUGGAAAAAAAUAGUAUUCUAGGAAUGAAUUUCUCGAAGGAACAAAAAGAAAAAGGAAUUUCACAUCAAGAUCAUUACAAGACGCUCCAGGAAAAGCAUAAGCAGGAGUUAGAAGACAUGCGAAAAGCUGGGCAUGAAGCCUUGACUAUUAUUGUUGAAGAAUUCAAGGCACUGCUACAAUCUACAGUUCAACAGCAAGAAGCAGCUAUUGAAAAACAGUAUAUACUAGCAAUUGAAAAACAUUCUCACAAAUGUGAAGAACUUCUUAAUGCUCAGCAUCAGCGACUUCUUGACAUUUUGCAAGCGGAGAAGGAAGUGUUGUCAGAAAAGAUAGAAGAAGCUUUGAUGCAGCAGGCGCAAAAACAUAAGGAAGUCCUUGACAAAUGUUUGGAUGAAGAAAGACAAAGAAGUAAGGAGGCUGUGGCAGCUGCUGCAAAGGCUGAAAAAGAAGUCAUACGGGAGGCUGUUCUGAAAGCAGUAGAGGAGGAGAGAAGAAAUAUGGAGAAGAUGCAUGCAGAAGAAAGAAAAAUGUGGGAAGCAGAACAUGACAGACAUAAAGAGAAGAUUGCCCAGGCUGUUUGGGAAGCCAUGCAAGAGCAAAGAAAGCUUAAUCAAGAAAUUGUCAAGGAAGCAUUAAUGGAGGAGCAGAAACGAAGUGAAAAGGCAAUCAAAGAAGCAGUGAAAAGGACAAGAGACGAACUGAUGGAAUAUAUUAAAGAGCAGAAAAGGCUUGAUCAAGUUGUCCAUCAGAGAAAUCUGCAUAGUUUGGAACUUUUCCUCUCAUGUGCACAGAAACAGUUAAGCGUUUUAUUAAAGGAAGAGCCACCCACUACAGAGGAAAACAGAGAAUGACAUUCUCAGUAACGCUGAUACAGUGUGAUUUGUGAAGCUGCAGUUCUUAAUCCAGCAAAUAUAUUCUGAUCUUUUGGGAUUCUAUCACUGAUUCAAGAUUGAUCUGAAACUAUGUUUGAUAGAAGUUUUUGUGGAUCAUGUUCUUUUAUUUAUUUAUUUAUUUAACUGCUAUUAUCAGAUUGCAAAUAUGGGAGAGACAAAAUACUUGGAAAAAAUUAUUUUAUGUAAGAUUUUUCUUUCAUUGUAUUUUCUAGUAGUCUAUUAGCCCAUGAUUGAAGUUCUAGAUAACUGCAACAAUGAUAAAAACAUUUUCCAUUUAUGUCUGUUUUAAAUUUUGCAUCAUGUGUUGAUGUAAUUUAUCAGUAUUUUUUAUAUUUUAAAAAAUUGAGAAAAGCAUUUAAUUGAAUAUCAGUACAAAUCUCUCUCUAUUUCCAAAGUAUAUGCCCAAGUGCAUCACCUCAGGUGAUCCUGAGGAGCUUAUUGUUUCUUACUACUUUUGAUGUAUAACAGAAGAAUCAGUACUGAAAGCUGGGAAUGUUGACAGGCAAUUCUUCAGUCAUUUAUAAACAACUCCAGCACUAGUAAUAGAAAAGUUUAAAAACUAAACAGUGCAUCUUUUUAGAGUAGUGCGAAACAUUGCCAUAACUGAUGUAUGGUAUGUAUUUUAUUUCUGUUUUACAAAGAUAGUUAGAUUCCAAAAGAAAUUAUCUCAUGAAAGUACAAUUAAUGUGACUGACCUCAGUUUCAGGAAGAAGAUGUAUGUAAUUAUGUGGAGACUGAUACUGCACUGCCUCAGUGGAAUUUCUGACAGAAUAAGGAGUACAGCUUGCUGACCUCAGAUGCCCUUUGUAAACCCAUUGGAGGAAGUAGAAAAACUCCCCAGUGACAUUACUGGACUUUGGAUCAAGUCAUAGUUUUUUCUAGUCUCGCUAACGGCAGCAUGGAGGGGAAUUUCUGUGCCUACAUUCUAUUGAUUGUAGAUUUGGGGCCUUAGUUAUAAGAGAGUUCUGAACUAAAUAAGGGAAAAUAAAUGUUCAUGCUUAAGAACGUAAAUAAACUGAGAAUGAUA